UGACCAAUUAACGAAUUGAAUUAGUCAAUUUCCUAAACCGUCGAGUAUACAUUUUACAGAUAUCUUGUUCUUUGUCAAAGCGUGAUUCAAAGAUCUGUCCACACGAUGGCGCAAUCGGGCUUUAAUUCUACGAAAGUGUACGCACAAAUUUCACCCUCACUCCUGUUUCUGUGUUGCCUUUUUCCUCAUCCCUUCGCAUCUCGUCAUGUUCAGGUUCAUAAGGCAACCUCUUUAAAAACGUUUAGUCCGCUUUAUCCGGGGCAGAAAUGGACAAAGAUAGGUGACAGUCCGGCUCACCAGCGGCGUUACACGAAUGCCACGAAGAAGAAGCGGCGCGCAGGGUGUGGUGGGAUAGGAGGCUUCUCCGUGGAGGACCCGAGCGAGAGCCCCAGCUGGCUGCAGAGAAGAUGGCUGCAGCGGGGACUUUCAGGCCGACGUCUGGAGACAAGAGCACUUCUCGUCAUGCCGAGUGCUGACCACCGGCUCCCCUACGUGUCGGCCCCCUUCCUUCGUUGAUUCUCCUCCACUCCGUGGAAAUUGGACGGGGUGUGUGCAAACAUGGGGUCUCAAACUCUACAGAUCCUCAGGCAGGGGCUGUGGGCUUCGAUCACAGGCGGAUGGUACUACGACCCCCAUCAGAAUACGUUCGUGAACGCGUUGCAUCUGUACAUCUGGCUGUUCCUGCUGUGUUUCCCCUUCACGCUGUACAUGGCCCUGCCGCCCACCCGGGUGAUCGUGGGGGUCUACUGCGGCGUCAUCGGCACCACCUUCCUGCUGCUGAAGACGGUCAACUACCGGCUGCACCACGCCCUGGACGAGGGCGAGGUGGUGCAGCGGGGGGGCAAGGGGGCCCCGGGGGGCGGGGCCCGCGGCGAGGGGCCCCCCGCCGACGGCAACGCCCAGCAGGAAGACAGCAACGGGCCGGGGGACCCUGGAGGGGGUAUCGAGAUGGCAGACCUGAUCCGACAGGAGACCCCUCCCGUGGACUGCAGCUCCAGGAACUCCUACACUGGGACCGAGUCCAGCCACCAGAUGGCGUCCACCCACGGCGGCGCCACGAGGGCCAAAGGUAGACCCCGCCGCCUCUCUCUGAGAGGAGACAUGGGGAGGAACGCGGACGACAUGAGUUUGACGCUGGUGGAAAGCUGCAGCCACGACCACGACCUGCUGUCGGACACCAAGAUGUACUGCCUGGUGUCCAACGACUCCUUCGCCUCCAUGCUACCCUCCACCUCCCUGGGCCCCCUGGAGCUGCCCCGGGACCCCCUCUCCGCCGAGCUCUGCAGCUCCUCCUCCCACCUCCUCCACCCCUUGCUGACCUCCACCUGCGAGACAGAGGCCCCGCCGGCGGCCCCCCCACCACCACCCACCACCUCCACCUCCUCCUCCUCCCUCCCCCUCCAGUCACAGUCCUUCCGCAAGGAGCUGCGGUCCCGGGGCCUCCCCCGCACCUCCAGCUCAGCGGGCGGCGCCUUCCCGGACCCCUCCCAGCCCGACCUGGCGCCGUACCCCCCCGCCCUCGCCCGGAGAGGCGGGCUGGACCCCGUGUGCGAGCUGGAGGCGGCGGCGGCGGCGGCGGCGGCGGUGGCGGCCUGCCGGGCGCCGGGGCCCGGGGACUGGUACGACCUGCAGCGGCAGGAGCCCGCCGUGGCCUCCACCUCCGGGGCCUCGCGCGACGCGGGCGAGGGCGCCUCGGGGCCGCAGGGGGGGGCGAGGGGCCGGUGCCCGGCAGGGGGUCCCAGCGCCGAGAGCCUGCGGAGCCUGAGCACGCGCAGCAGCGGCUCCAGCGACAGCUACGGCAGCGGCAGCACGGAGCGCGACACCACCAGCACCGUCAGCAGCCUGCACAGCGAGCAGACGGGCUCCACCCGCGUGGAGAGCCUGCCGUCGCUGUCGGGGGACGAGCGGGGGUCCCGGGACCGGGGGGACACGCCGGGCUCGUCGGCGUCCGGGCCCCACCCGGAGGGCGGCGGCCCGACUUGUAGUCACGGCAACGGGGCCCCCCGGGGGCUGGGCCGCCGGCCGUCGCGCGAGGCCAACCGGAACCCCCACGCCAACGAGCUGACCGCCAAGAACCCGCCCCCCGACACGCCCGGCCCUGCCCCCAAAGACCCGCCGUCAGACCCCCGGCGGGAGGAGACGCCGGCGACGGCCGCCGGCGUGGUCGCCGUGGAAACAGAACAGCAGGAGCAGGAGCAGGGGGAGGAGGGGGGGGACGUGCGGCCCAAGUCGUCGGCCCCCGCCCACGCCUCCCCCUCCUGCUCCUCCUCGGCGGGGGCGGGGGGCCGCAGGGGGGGGCGGCGCGGCCACGGCAAGAAGCGCGCCAGCAGCUUCGACGCCAGCCGCCACCGGGAGUACGCCGCCGCCGCCACACGCGGCCUCACCAAGCCGCGCAGCGCCGUGUUCCCCGCCGCCGCCAACGCUGCCGCCGCCGCCACCGCCGGCAACAACAACAACAACGAGGAGGACUGGAGUGACCAGAGCGAGCUCAGCGCCGCCUCCAGCCGGGCGUCGGCCCACCGCCUCAGCACCGACAGCUCCUCCAGCCUCACCUCGCGCUCCUGCCACUCCCCCGAGGGCUGCUACCGCGCCCUGAGGCCCCCGCCCCCCUCCUCCGGCCCCCCUCCCCCCGCCGCCGCCGCCACCUCGGCCCGGAGGCCCCGCCCCUCCCGCCGCGCCGCCUCCGCCGCCGCCGCCGGCAGCCCCGGCGGCGCCCGGAGCCACGCCCGCGUGCUGAGCCUGGACAGCGGCACGGCGGCCUGCCUUAGCGACCCCCGCCGCCUGGGGGCCGCCCCCCCCCCCCGGCCCCUCACCUCCUCCAAGUCGGACCUGGAAGCCAAAGAAGGGGAGGUGCUGGACGCGGCCUCGCUGCUGGGCCGCGCCUCCCAGCUGGAGUCGGUCACCCGCUCCCGGAACGGCCCCCCCGGCCAGGCCGGGCCCCCCGGGGAGGCGCCCGACCCCCCCGCCGCCGGCUCCUCCUCCUCCUCCUCCGGCGGGGGUGAGGAGCCGGUGACGUUCCGUCGGGAGCGCAGCACGUUCCGGCGCCAGGCGGUGAGGCGGCGCCACAACGCCGGGAGCAACCCCACCCCCACCGCCUCGCUGGUGGGCUCCCCGCUCAGCCUCCAAGACGUGCUCAGCCAGGCGUCGCAGUCGUCGUCGUCGACGUCCCAGGUCAAAGGUCAGCCGUCGCGGGCGUCGUCCCAGGUGACGGUGCUGAGCGCUAGCGCCUCCCUGCUGGCCAGGACCGGCAGCUCGCACCUGGAGGGCGCCCAGGACAAGGCCUUGCUGGUGGGCGGGGCCAGUCUCCACGACGACUACGGCAAGCUGGCGCCGUCGCUGUACGAGGUGACGGGCGGCUGCACCCUGGGCAGCUUCGUACCAGAAACCCGCCGGGCCUCCAACAACCUGUGGGAAACGGACUCUCACCUGUCCAGUACUACCUCGGUGCGCUUCUUCCCCCAUGACCUGCUCUCUCGCCACCAGAUCCGUCUGAACCAGCUGCUGGCCAUGGACCCGGAGCGCCUGGACCCCCACGGGGACGGGGACCUGAGCCCCGACCUCCAGGACGCCCCGCCCCCGCCGGCCGGCCUGGACGACCCCGCCGCGACCCCCGGCACGGCCGCCGCCGCCGCCGCCGCUAAGGUCAAGCAGUACUACCGCUUCUGGCUGCUGCCCUACCUCUGGGUGGGGCUGCACUUCGACCGGCUCACCCUGCUGGCGCUGUUCGAUCGGAACCGGGAGGUGCUGGAGAACGUGCUGGCGGUGGCGCUGGCGGUGCUGGUGGCGUUCCUGGGCUCGGUGCUGCUGGUCAACGACUUCUUCACGGACAUCUGGGUGUUCCAGUUCUGCCUGGUCAUCGCCAGCUGCCAGUACUCCCUGCUCAAGAGCGUUCAACCAGACUCCUCGUCUCCUCGCCAUGGACACAACCGCAUCAUCGCGUACAGCCGGCCCGUGUACUUCUGCCUGUGCUGUGGUCUGGUGUGGCUGCUGCACCACGGCAGCUUGGCCAGCCGGUCCUCCUCCCGCUUCUCCCUGUACGGGGUGGGCCUGACCAGCUCCCUGCUGCUGGCCUCCGCCCGGGACCUCCUCAUAGUGUUUACCUUGUGUUUCCCGCUCAUCUUCUUCGUGGGGCUGCUGCCCCAGGUCAACACCUUCUUCAUGUACCUGCUGGAGCAGGUGGACAUCCACGUUUUCGGGGGGAACGCCACCAGCAGCCUAGCGUCGGCGCUGUACAGCGUGCUGCGUAGCGUCCUCACCGUGGCUCUGCUGUACGGCCUCUGCUACGGCGCACUGAAGGAGGCGUGGGAGCCCCACCACAUCCCGGUGCUGUUCUCGGUGUUCUGCGGCCUCCUGGUGGCCGUCUCCUACCACCUCAGCCGCCAGAGCAGCGACCCCUCCGUCCUCAUAUCCCUGAUCCAGUCCAAGAUCCUCCCCAAGCUGAAGGAUAAGGACCCUGAAGACCCCCUGUUCGAGGUGCAGGACCCCCUGCCCGACAAGCUCAAAGCCUCUGUGAACGAGCGCCUGCAGUCGGACCUCAUCAUCUGUGUUCUGAUCGCUGUGCUCUUCUUCGCCAUCCACGUCAGCACCGUGUUCAUCGCCCUGCAGCCCUACCUGAGCUACGUGCUGUACGGCCUGCUGACUCUGGUGGGGCUGCUGACCCACUACCUGCUGCCUCAGUUCCGCAAGCAGCUGCCCUGGUACUGCUUCUCCCAGCCACUGCUCAAGACCCGCGAGUACUACCAGUUCGAGGUCCGCGACGCGGCCCAUGUGAUGUGGUUCGAGAAGCUCCACGUGUGGCUGCUCUUCCUGGAGAAGAACGCGCUGUACCCCCUGGUCAUCCUCAACGAGAUGAGCCGCAGCGCCUGGAAGCUGGCCAGCCCCAAGAAGUUGGACACAGAGCUGGGCGCUCUGAUGAUCACGGUGGCGGGCCUCAAGCUGCUGCGCUCCUCCUACAGCUGCCCCACCUACCAGUACGCCACCGUGCUCUUCACCAUCCUCUUCUUCACCUUCGACUGCCCCCACCUGUCCGAGACGCUCCUGCUCGACCUCUUCCUCAUGUCCAUCGUCUUCAGCAAGCUGUGGGAGCUGUUCUACAAGCUGCGUUUCGUCUACACCUACAUCGCCCCGUGGCAGAUCACCUGGGGCUCGGCCUUCCACGCCUUCGCCCAGCCCUUCGCCGUGCCUCACUCCGCCAUGCUGCUGGUCCAGGCUCUGGUCUCCGCCUUCUUCUCCACCCCGCUCAACCCCUUCCUGGGCAGCGCCAUCUUCAUCACCUCCUACGUCCGCCCCGUCAAGUUCUGGGAGAGAGACUACAACACCAAGAGAGUGGACCACUCCAACACGCGUCUGGUGUCCCAGCUGGACAGGAACCCAGGCUCGGACGACAACAACCUGAACUCCAUCUUCUACGAGCACCUGACGCGCUCGCUGCAGCACAGCCUGUGCGGGGACCUGAUGCUGGGCCGAUGGGGCGCCGUGACCACGGGGGACUGCUUCAUCCUGGCCUCCGACUACCUCAACGCCCUGGUGCACCUGGUGGAGCUCGGCAACGGCCUGGUGGCCUUCCAGCUGCGCGGCCUGGAGUUCAGAGGGACGUACUGCCAGCAGCGGGAGGUGGAGGCCAUCACGGAGGGGGUGGAGGAGGACGAGGGCUGCUGCUGCUGCGAGCCGGGCCACCUGCCCCACGUGCUGUCCUUCAACGCCGCCUUCGGCCAGCGCUGGCUGGCCUGGGAGGUGCUGGUCACCAAGUACGUGCUGGAGGGCUACAGCAUCACCGACAACAGCGCCGCCUCCAUGCUGCAGGUGUUCGACCUGCGCCGCAUCCUCACCAUCUACUACGUCAAGGGGAUCAUCUACUAUGUGGUGGCGAACCCCAAGCUGGAGGAGUGGCUGGCCAACGAGACCAUGAGGGACGGGCUGCGGCCGUGCGCCGAGCGCAACUACGUGGACCUGGACCCCACCUUCAACCCCAACAUCGACGAGGACUACGACCACCGGCUGGCAGGCAUCUCCAGGGACAGCUUCUGCGGGGUCUACCUGGGCUGGAUCCAGUACUGCAACUCCAGGAGAGCCAAGCCGCUGGACAGUGAGAAGGACUCGGCCCUGGUGCUGCUGUGCUUCGGCCUGUGCGUGCUCGGCCGCCGCGCCCUGGGCACCGCCGCGCACCACAUGUCCAGUAACCUGGAGUCCUUCCUGUUCGGCCUGCACGCUCUCUUCAAGGGGGACUUCCGGAUCUCUUCCCUGCGUGACGAGUGGAUCUUCGCGGACAUGGAGCUGCUCAGGAAGGUGGUGGUGCCGGGCGUCAGGAUGUCCCUCAAGCUCCACCAGGACCACUUCACGUCCCCAGAUGAGUACGAGGACCCGGUGGUUCUGUUCGAGGCCAUCUCGGAGCACCAGGUGAGCCUGGUGAUGGCCCACGAGGGCGACCCGGCUUGGCGCAGCGCAGUGCUGUCCAACGCGCCCGCUCUGCUCGCCCUGCGCCACGUCCUGGACGAGGGCACCAACGAGUACAAGAUCAUCAUGCUCAACCGCCGCUACCUCAGCUUCAGGGUCAUCAAGGUGAACAAGGAGUGCGUGCGCGGCCUGUGGGCGGGGCAGCAGCAGGAGCUGGUCUUCCUGCGCAACCGGAACCCGGAGCGCGGCAGCAUCCAGAACGCCAAGCAGGCGCUGCGCAACAUGAUCAACUCGUCGUGUGACCAGCCCAUCGGCUACCCCAUCUACGUCUCGCCCCUCACCACCUCCUACUGCGACUCGCACCCGCAGCUUCCCCGCGUGCUGGGCGGGCCCAUCAGCAUGCGCAACAUCCGCAGCUUCGUGGUCGGCACCUGGCACAGGCUGAGGAAGGGCUGCGGGGCUGGCUGCAACAGCGGGGGCAACAUGGAGGACUCGGACGGCGGGGGGGUCUCGUGCGGCAGCGGGAACGGCACGGGAACGGCCAGCGACUCCCAGCAGAGCUCCGUCUCCCAGGGCGGGACCCCCGGGGGCCCCCCGCACCACCCCCACCACACGCACCACUCCAUGGGCACCAGCCAGAGCUGCCAGUCGGUGCAGUCGGGCCUGGCCCGCCACUCCCCGGCGCGGGCCUCGGUGGUGAGCGGGGCGUCGUCGUACCGCUACAGCAGCAGCCGCCACUCCUCGUCCCUGCGCACCUCCACCACGGGCCUGGAGCCCUGCCCGCGCUCCUCCUCCAGCCAGCUGUCGCUGCACACGCUGCCCGCCUCCCUGCACCUGCGGCUGGGCUCGGUCUCGGAGCCGGCCGCCCCCCCCCCGGGGCCCCCCUCCGCCUCGCUCUCUAACCACAGCAUCCCGUCCUGUAAGCGCCACACGCUGGCGGGGCUGCUGGCCAGCCAGCACCUCCACCACCACCACCACCACCACCUCCCUCACCACCACCACCACCACCACCACCAGCACUACCCCCACUACCACAACCCCACCGUGGCCACGGUGCGCCGCGACGACAUCUCCUACCGGGUGCAGAUCGUGGACGUGAGCCAGGUGCUAGAGACCAUCAACCUGUCCAAGAGGAAGGGGCUGCUGUGGCCCGACGAGGCCCUGAGGGUGAAGGCCGGGCGCAGCAGCUGGAGGGAGUGGAGCCCCCUGGAGGGCAUGGAGGGACACGUGAUCCACCGCUGGGUGUCCCGGAGCCGCGAGCCGGCCAGCCGCUCGCACACGGACAAGACCAUCCUGCUGGUGCAGGUGGACGACAGGCUGGUGCCCAUCCUGGAGACGGGGGUGAUGGAGCUGGGGGCGGAGGUCUGA